GUGGAGAGAGAACCAGUCAAUGUAAACAUAAACUUAUAUCCGUUGUGAACCGUUGUGAUUAUCAUUUGUUCUUAAUUUAUCGAUGAUACGUGCGUUUUAUUCAUGUGAACUGUUAAAAGGCCGAUGAGAUGCAGAACAUACUGUUGAACCUCCAGAAGAAUAAAAAUAAUAGACACAGUGCUUUAUCUGAAAUCACGGAAAAUCUCUAUCUGUCCGGAAUUGGUGGAAUCAAUGCUGAAAACCUCCAAGCCGCGAAAAUAACACACGUCAUCAAUAUGGCGGUGGAACUAAACGAAUAUAGCUACCCAGACCCAGGUCUACAGAUCCAUAAGUUCAGCCUCAGAGACAGUGUAGACGAGGAUAUUUAUAUAAGGCUGGAGGAAUGUGUUCAGUUAAUUGACGAUAUACAAAAGGAUGGCGGGCGGAUCUUGGUGCACUGUGUUGCAGGGGUUAGUAGAUCCGCCACCGUGUGUAUUGCCUAUCUCGUCAAGAUUCACCAAAUAUCGCUAAGGGAUGCUUACCAACAUGUACUGGAAUGUCGCAAUGUUGUUUUUCCAAACAAUGGAUUUUGGCGGGCUCUGAUACAAUACGAGGAGUGCGUUCGAGGCGUUAACUCGGUGGAAAUGAGACCUUACAUUUCGGGAAUGGAACCUGACGUGUAUUUUCAGACUUGGACAAAACCCAGAAUUCUAAAUGGCUGGCGUGAUGAAUUAUACGCGUUUUGGACUUUCAGUACUGCUCUUCUCAUUUUCCAGCUUUUAGGACUGAUUUUGUUCGAUAACACACCGAUUUGACGUGUCACACAACAAUACCUUCGAUCUUGCCUUGAUUAAUACGACGCUGGCUUAGUUUAAUUUUCCUGUAUAUUUGUGAGAUCAUUCAUAUCUUACGAAAUUUAUGUUUAACAUUAUUCUGAUCUAUAUGAUUUUUUAACUACACGUUUCAGUUAUUUAAAUUAAAAUCUUAUAUUGAAAUCGGCUUAUGCUUUUAAAAGUGAUUGUAUACAUUGUUUCAUUUUCAUAUUUGAAAAAGCACUAGAGUAAUGACCGGGCUGUUUCGAUUGUCAUUUGUAAACACUUAGUAGCAGAUUUCACUUCAAAUGUCAUAAUAACUUCUAACCCCCUUACGUUAAAAAGUUUGACUGCGUUAAAACAUGUAUGAACAAAAUGAAUGACCUUUCAUGCAGAAAUGACAGUCCAUUCAUGUACAUUUAUAUAUUCACAAAAAAUCUGUUUAAUGUGCAAUGAAUGUAUUGAAGUAGUCUUAAAAUUAAUGAUACAUAAUUCGACUGGUGUUUUUAUCGAAUCAAGCGGUUCUGUGUUAAAUAAAUUGCAUAUUAAAAUUC